GAUACCAGCGCCUGCGUGCGCUCCGUGGUUGGCUGCGGCUCUCUUGGCCAUUACGUUAUGCUUACUCCACACACACAGGCAGCUGGAGAGAGGGAAGACGUAAUGGUUUGAUUCCCUGUGCACUUGCAAUGGUCGUCGUUCUGACAUUACUCGGCAGAUUCCUCAAACGGAAGGUGCAAUGAAGGCGGGGGCAUCGUCCAUGUGGGCGUCAUGCUGUGGGCUGCUGAACGAGGUGAUGGGCACGGGCACGGUGCGGGCGCAGCAGCCGGGGUUCGGAGCAGGGGCGGGGCCCUUCCGCUUCGCCCCCAGCGCUGGGUACUCCACCUACCCCCCCACCAGCUCAGGGAGCGCCGGACAGCUAUGCAAGGCCUGUGGACUGGCCUUCUCUGUCUUCAGACGCAAGCACAUCUGCUGUGAUUGUAAGAAGAGUUUCUGCGCCCUGUGCUCGGUGCUUCAGGAGAACCUGCGCUGCUGCACAACCUGCCACUUGCUGCGCGGCACGGCUUUCCAGAGGCCUCGGCUCAUGCAGCUCCGAGUGAAAGACCUGCGCCAGUACCUGCUGCUGCGCAACAUCCCUACCGACACAUGCAGGGAGAAAGAGGACCUGGUGGACCUGGUGCUCUGUCAUCAGGGGACGAGGGAAACAGCCAGACCGGUGGUGGAAGAGGACGAGGAGGAGGAGGAGGAAGACGAAGAGGACACACAUGAGGAGGAGGAUGAGGAGGAGGAAGAUGAAGGGGGAGAUGACACAGACAGUCUGCACUCGCUCCCCCACUCGCGUGCCGCCUCGCCCCCCUCCGCCACGCGCUCCACCUCUGAACAGUCGGUCCUCUCCGCCUCUCAGGGAGAAGUGCUCAGCCCAAGUGACAGCUCAGGGACCACCAGCCAGGAGCAGGAAGAUACUCCAACAGCGUCUCUCUUGAACUUGGAGCCCACUGAAAAUUUCAUGGAGGUCAGUCCGGCAACACAGAGGAGGAUCAGGGCCUCGCUGUCUGAUCUGGACAAUGAAGAGGCGAUAGAAAACCUCUCCGUGCGCCAGCUGAAAGAGAUUCUCGCCAGGAACUUUGUCAAUUACUCCGGCUGCUGCGAGAAGUGGGAGCUGCUGGAGCGAGUGCAUCGACUCUACAGAGAAAACGAGCAGAACAGGAAAUCCAUGGAAAAUGUGAGCAUAACUGCAGUGGUUGCAUAUCCUCCACCUCUCUGCAACAGUGGAGUUGGAGAUGGUGUCAGAGCUCAGCUGGCGGCUGAUGAAAACUUGUGUCGCAUCUGCAUGGACGCCAUCAUCGACUGCGUGCUGCUGGAAUGUGGUCACAUGGUAACCUGCACCAAAUGUGGGAAGAGAAUGAGCGAGUGCCCCAUCUGCAGGCAGUACGUAGUGCGGGCCGUGCACGUCUUCAAGUCUUAAAACUCUGUGUGUGCAUCAGAGCGGCCCUCAGGCGUGCACGUGGCCCGAGCCCUGAAUUUAUCACUGAGGAUGAACUGCUGUGCAUGACGUCUCGCAGGGCCUAAUGCUGCAGCAGGCGCCAGCAACCUCCCGGUUCUUGAAACCAGACUGUUGCCUCUGGCCUACCACGGUUUGUUUUCCCCCCUUACUAACUCAUGUUCCAGCCCCACUUCUCCUCCCUGGUGGACCGUCAACAGCUGCACUGGGACACUCACUCUUUCUCUCUUUGGUCUGUUAAACACACAGCAGAAACCCCUGCCAUCACUUUCUACUCUCUAUUCUCUGUUUAGAUUUUACUCACAGGGGAGGCGGAGGGGGGAGAGGAAGUGGUCCCGUGGAUACUUGAAGCAGAUUGGGUUGUUCUGUGUGGCGAGGAGAAGCAGGGAAAAUAUAAGAUCCCAGGGUUAGAGUCAAUAUGGUUUACACAGUCAUGCCACAUGACGCCGUGUUAUCUCCCUCAGUGUUCCUUUAGGAUGUGCAAUAUCAGAAAAAAAAGAGACUUACAUGUGUUUUUAUUAAAUGUCUAUUUGUUAAUCUGAACACCACACGCACCGGGUCAUCUCACACAUGGUGCCAAACGUCAUGCCUUUUAAACGAUAUUUGGUUAAGAUUUCACCGUAUAUGAAUCUCAUAACCAGCAAGCUUGGUGUGAUAGUUAACUCUUUUUUUUUCUUUUAUGAAUUUUAGGAAAUAAAGUGUAUAGAAGUAAACAUUUGAACACUUGGCUGAGUGAAGGAUGUGAUUGUUUCCGCAUCUAAAACUAAAGUGGCAAUCUCGAAGAUUUCAGUCCUGGUUGAUUUGGCACAUAUGUACUUAAUACUGCAGGUUGCAGAGUUUUGGGGGCAGCAAGACAAACUAUUGUUAUUUUGAUAAUGGGCUUUUUCCAUCGUUCUGUGAGCAACUGCGAUCUGAUCUGAGUCCUCCGACCAAUACGACCACAUUGUAUGUCUAAUAUGACCGACAGGAGUGUUUUCUAAAGUAGCACCUCUACCAGACAAUGGAAUAGGUCGUAUAUGACCAUUAACAGUUGUAGUUUUAAACACAUGGUUAAGGUUGUGAAAUGGUCCCAGCUGCACCAAAACUCAUCGGUUGGUUUGGUAUAAGUUUCAUAGUAAGUUUGUUAAUAAUAUAAUGCCAUCUCAGAACCCUUCGACUAUCGGUCUGACGACGAGAAGUCCCUUGAGGCAAUGGCCAAUAUUUCGGGAGAUCCAGUGUAGCAAGCGCCUGUCAGGGCCAAGACGACUUCUCCUGUGCGCCGGCCAUUUUGUCUAAUCUCGAUACAGUUAUCUGCCUAUAAAUGCAAAUGAAUAAGUAAAAAAGCCAAUAUAAAGCUACGUCAUUGUCAGACGAUAAUCAGUGGGUUCCAACAUGGCUUUCAGCCGAUGCUUUCUGCCUCUCCACUUGGACUGUUUACCUGCUGCUCAAGCGUGAUUGUUCAAUGCUACUCAGACUACAAUGAGAAACCCGAACACAUCCGAUACUAAAAUCUUGUCUCGUUGCCCACAGAUUGUGCAUUCGUAUGCAGAUAUCUCUUUAUAGAUACUCAGUGUAAUGUGAAAUAUCUCAAGUGACAGAUCUCACAUAUGUCAUGUGAUAUACAUUGUUAACUUUUGGUCUCAUGUGGGACAUGAACAUCGGUAUUCUAGAUGACAGUCCUGUGUUUGUUUGACCACACCUUCCUAACACACUCGGUGGACUCUGCUGCUAUUUAUUUUAUGUCAUAUGUCUUCCUUCUUUGCCCCUGUUAUAAGUACUACUACCACAAGAAGUCACCACCUAACAAUAAACUUAGAUAUGGGUCAUAAAUGCUGCUUGUGCAAACAACCUAUGUGGUCUUAUUUUGAGGAACAUUCAAUACGUUGCACACAGCAUUAGUCUGCGGAUAGCAGGGCACAGUAAAAGGAGUUGUUUGCCUUGCUAAGUUGGAGGUGUGCAGUCACCUGCAGCUCAUCAUCUAACAGCUCAGCUUCCUCAGCAGUCAGUAUUAAUCUCACUGAAAAACAUCUUGCAUUUCCUGUGACCCCUUCAUAAUAAAAGUCAACUUGUAUUUCGCCAGUUAAAGGUUUUUAAUGUGAAGCUGCAGCUGUAGGAAAUGUUCAAUUUACAUUAGCAGUGACGUAAUACAGCAUUUAUUCUGCGAAUGUCUCCCUUAACACCCAGUUUGUGAUACUGCAGAUAUAUAAAUAUUGCAAUACUUUUAUCAGUGAGUCAUAGGCUCAGUCACCAUUGUGUUACCUCAUUCAGUGACUUAACAAAGCAUUUAUUUAAAAGAAAAUCUUCGAGAUUAUUACUUUAAAUGCACAGAUGUGAUUUCUGCUGAAGACACAAAUAGUAAAAAACGCUGCUUGGUCGCACCACGUGCUGCACUACAUUCCUGUUACACCGAUUUAUUUAUUGAAAUCUGAACUCAAGGCCCCCUUGCUAGCUUUUUCCUGGGCUUUCAAAGUUCACAGGCUUCAUUAGGAAGACCACAAGAUAAGAAAAAGCUCAUAAGUGGACCUUGAGUGAAGAUUUUUUGUACUAUUUUUAUUUACAUUUUGAAGACUCACCCCUCUUUUAAUUUUAGAGGAUAAGUUCGAUAUUUUUUCAACCUAGAGUCUAUUUCCCAUGUUUUUGUGUCUAAAUGACAAAUGGAAACAACAGUUCUUUAAAUUGGUCCAGUAUUGAGUGGGAGAGCUGCAGCAAUCACUCAGGGCAUGUUUGCAGCAUAUGUCCACUAAAAGUGCUUGUUUUUGCCGCUGACAGGCUCGGAUUAUUAUUCAAAGUGUCUGACAGCAUUAUGGAAGGGACCCUACAGAGAUAGACGUUGUGUUAAAGAGUAAAAUCUUCUUUGUUUAACCAGAAACAGCCCCAAAAUCACCAUCGCCAAUUCCACCAGACUCCAUUCAAAUAAACAGUGAUUUUAGUGUGUAUGGAGCCAGCACAUUUUCCCAUCUGACCUAAUUUUUGUGAGUUUUAUUGCUUUCUGUCGACUUUGUUUACUUAAAUGGAGUCUGGUGGAUUUGUUAAUAGCUUUUUCGGGGCUGUUUCUGGCACAGCAAAAAAGAUGUUACACUUAAUUAAAAAAGUCUGUCUCUGUGGAGAUACUUUCUUUAAGUUUUAAAUGCUUAAAAUAAUAAUCUGAGCCUGUUACUGGCAAACACAAGCACUUUAAGUGGAUUGACAGUGCACUAAUGCCCCGAAGGGUUACAUUGCAGCCUGUUUUUCUGCCUUCGUCUGCAGCACUUUUGCUCAGUACUGUAACAAUUUAAAAAACUGUUGUUUCCUUCAGUCACUUAAACACAAAAACAUGGGGAAAAAAAGGUCCAGGUUGAAAAAAUAUAACAAACAUACCCUUUUAAAAACUGCCACCAAGCAAUACCAUUCAGUUUCCAAGUCUACCAAGUGUCUUUCUUUGAUUGUGUUGUCCGUUAAUGUGUCGAAUCUUAGGUGACAGGUGCUACUUCCUCUUUUCUGAGUGUAACAUCAACAUACCUGUUGUCAUGUUGUCAAGGCGUCCUUCCAAAUAUCCAUCACGCAGUAAGACGUAGAGGAAGCCCGGUUUACUUUAACCUGUUAUGCAAAGAAACACUUUUUUUUUCUUGUCAUGAGAUGCAGUUAAUUCAGAUGUCACUAAUCUGUGUGUAUCGUAUGCCUGUGGUAUGUUUAAAAAAAAAAAAAGAAGAAGAAGAAGCUGACUUGCUGUUAUGUGAAUCGCAUAGCUUAUAUUGUUGUUUACUGAUAAGUCAUUAAAUGUAUAUUUUUCCAUUUACUUGGGAGACGACAUGAUUUAAAGUUAUAGCUAAUAAAAUAAAAUAUACUGUUUUUCAGAAUGUAUCUCUGCUGGUUUUGGUCAGAAGAGUUCCUCAGCCCUCUGAUCGUGUCACUCUCUCACCAUUAAAGUUGCGUCAGUCAUGUUCUCGCUUUCUAGCACUCUUUGUCAUUGUCUGCUUCGGAUCCAAAACCGACACUGACACCAUGCACUGUAACCAACGCUGUAACUCUGUAAGUCUGUUUGUUGAUGCUGCUGUUUCUCAAAGAUGUCAUUCAUAGGCAGCUACAGUAUUAUCAGAGUAGGAGGUCAUCAUGAGCACUCAUAAUCCUGGAUCUUUAUAUUAUGGAAUGUUGAACCUUUUUAUUUUGGUAAACAAGAGAAGAUAAUUUAUUAGAUUCAAUAAAAUGCAGUACUACAAACC